AUGACGGGUUUUUACGGAGAAUCAGACAGAAGUAGAAGGCAUGUUACCUGGGAUUUGCUGCGACAAUUAAAGGUUGAAUCUCAAGCUCCUUGGGUUGUUGUAGGUGACUUCAACGAUAUCACUAGUCUUGCGGAGAAAAGAGGAUUGCACUCACAUCCCUCGGCUCUCAUUGAGGGGUUUAAUGACGUGUUGGAGGAUUGUGGGCUGGCUGACCUGGGUAUGCUUGGGGGACGGUUCACAUGGGUGAAAGGGAGAGGUACGGAAUCGUGGGUGGAGGAGAGGUUGGACAGGGUGAUGGCGACGGUGGAUUGGCUUGAAUUGCACGAAGACGCUGUGGUACGCAAUAUAUAUGCGCAUACUUCUGACCACUGCGCAAUUUUUCUAGAUAUUAAUGCCGACCAGGUGCGACAAACAGCUCGACGUUUCAGGUUUGAAUCGGCUUGGAUGUUGGAAGCUGGAUGCACGCGGGUAGUUGAUGAAGCAUGGCGUAUGUCUAACGGAUUGCCAUUCCAGGAUCGGCUUGCUAUUUGCGGUGAAAGGUUGUGGAAGUGGGGUGGUGAACACCACCGGAUGUUUGGGGCCCGAAAUAGUCAACUCAGACGCACGUUGGACAAGUUGAAAGAGGAUCGCUCGCCAAAUGCUGUGCGAACUUUUAUGGCAGCCGAGAAGGAACUGGAUGCGGUCCUGCAAGCCGAGGAGAUGUUCUGA